AUUUUGGGAGUAUGAUAUGGCGGAUAGUGAAUCACAAAAAAGUGUGUCAAAACACAAUGAAUGGAAGUUCUAUUAUAUUCAAGUGUUAAAUACUGCAGCAUCUAUUGACAGCAAGAUUUUGUUAUAAACUGUUAAAUUACCUUCAUUUUCAAAUAAUCCCUUCAAGUUUUAAUCUUUGAAAAUUAAUGAAACUUCACCAACAACAGAUUCGUUCAAAUCAGUCCAGCUAUAAGAUUCAAAUGGACUAAAUGUCUUAUAUGACUUAAUGUCGUAUGUUUACAUGCGGUUUUGUAUAUCGGAGGAAGUGUAUACUUGAAAUUAAACCAUGGACAAAAAAGAUAUAUCCAAACGGAACAGUAUUUUUAAUAAAAUUAAGGGAGGAGGAAAAGACAAAAAGGCACCAAACAAGUUACCAACACCCAGUGAGUCCGAUGACACUAACGGUAAUGCUUAUGGAUUCCGUCCAGACACUAGCCAAUUGUCUGACAAGGAGGUCUUGGAAAAAUUUGAGAGAAUGCUGGAUGACAUGAAUUUGUCAGAAGAAAAAAAAGCCCCUUUAAGGAAGAAAGACAUAUUCCAGAAACGUUCUAUGCUUGGUAUGCACCAGUCUGUCAAGAUUGUGGGACCAGGAAACCUUGAUACUCCGGCUAGUUUUCAUGCAGAAUUACGGAACCCUGAGGUCAAGGGAGAUAAACGAUUAAAAUUAUUAGAAUCUUUACGAGUAUCAUUAACAAGUAAUCCUGUAAGUUGGGUACAAGAGUUUGGUGUUGCCGGUUUAAAUGGAAUUUUAAGGAAUUUAACUUACUGCUGUGAUUCAAAAACAGAAAGAAGAAGUACAUAUGAGGCUGUACGAUGCCUCAAAGCAUUUAUGAACAAUAAGUUUGGUUUGAUGCAAAUGAUAGGCCAUGAAGAAGCCUUAACAAUAUUAUCUAGAACAGUAGAUCCUUCAGACCCUAAUACAAUGUUAGAGGCCGUCAGACUUCUAGCUGCUAUAUGUAUAGUACCUCCUGAUGGCCAUGAAAAAGUUUUGGAGGGUAUAACAGUUUGUGGAGAGAUACGAGGGCGAGAUAGAUUUGUGCCAAUAAUCAUGGGUUUAGGUAUGCGGGACAACCAACCCAUGCAAGUGGCCAACAUUCAACUAGUCAAUGCUAUUGUCAGUACGCCUGAUGACCUAGAUUUCAGACUGCAUUUACGGAAUGAAAUAAUGAGGACAGGGAUGAUAGAUCUGAUUGGGUCUUUAGAUACUCAGCAAGAUGAAGAACUACAGACACAUUUAAGAAUUUUCCAUGACCACAAAGAAGAAGAUUUAGAUGAAUUUAUUCAUCGUUAUGAUAAUGCUCAUAUUGAGCUAGAAGAUCCACGUCAGUGUUUUGACCUAGUUUAUAAUUCGACAAAAGACACAAUAUCAGAACCUUACUUUUUAUCCAUAUUACAGCAUUUAUUAAUUGUACGAGAUGAUGCCUAUGCUAGACCUCAAUAUUAUAAGUUAAUAGAAGAGUGUAUAACACAGAUAGUUUUACAUAAGAAUGGGACAGACCCAGAUUUCAGACACACAAAGAGAUUUGAUAUUGAUGUAGAACCUUUACUAAGUUCAUUGCAUGAAAAAUCAAGAGUAGAAGAUGCAGAAGUCAGCAUUGUAGAAAUAAGUUCAAAAUUAGAGACAGCCAUUACAGCUAAACAGGAAUCAGAAGCCAAAGCAAUGACAUUGGAAGAAAAAGUGAAGAAAUAUGAGGAUGAACUCACUGUCAUGAAAGAAAAAAUAAGACUGGGUAUUGGUGCUCAGAUCCAGUCUACAGGAGCAGCAGGUGGAGGAGGAGGACCGCCACCACCACCCCCACCUCCAGGAGGAGGGGCUAUUCCACCUCCACCACCGCCGCCCCCACCACCACCAGGGAGCGGUGGAGGACCUCCCCCUCCUCCUCCACCACCACCUCCUCCAGGGUUUGGUGGUGGUCCCCCGCCACCCCCUCCCCCACCAUUCCCAGGGGGAGGAGGAGUACCACCCCCUCCUCCCCCACCAGGAGGACCAGGAUUUCCUGGAGCACCACCUCCACCUCCAGGAUUUAUGAGUCCACCUGCAGCGCCAUCAACUAGUCUUCCAUAUGGUAUAAAGAAGAAGAAAUAUCAACCUCCAAUGCAGACCAAACGACUCAAUUGGAAUCAGGUACAAGCCAAAAAAUUAGAAAAGGAUUCAUUUUGGGUCCAAGUUCGUGAAGAUCAGUAUGAGGAUGAAUCUUUAUUCCAAGGUCUCAUUGAAAAUUUUGGAGUAACUAAAGCAAAAAUUAUGAAUACCUCAGAAACAACAGAAAAGAAACCUACAAAAAAGGCUAAAGAGUUGAAAGUACUUGAUCCUAAAGCAGCUCAGAAUUUGUCUAUUUUAUUAGGAUCCAUCAAGGUCCCAUAUCCAGAAAUUAAACGGAGAAUUGUAGAAGUUGAUGAAGAAAAGUUGUCGUCUUCUAUAUUAGAAAGUUUGAUACGAUACAUGCCAGAGCCUGAACAGAUGAAACAAUUAGAGAAAUUACAGGAUCAGUACAAUGAUUUAUCAGAACCAGAACAGUUUUCUGUCACGAUGUGUGGUAUAAAGAGAGUUACACCUAGAUUAAGUUCAAUGUUGUUUAAAAUGCAGUUUCCAGACAUGGUGCAAGAUAUUAAACCAAAUUUAGUAUCAGCCAUAGAGGCCUGUGAAGAAGUUAAGAAUAGUACAAAAUUCUCAAAGUUAUUAGAACUUAUAUUGUUAAUGGGAAACUUUCUCAAUGCUGGAUCUCGUAAUGCUCAGUCUGUAGGAUUUGAAAUCAGCUUUCUUCCCAAGUUGGCAAAUACUAAAGCUCAAGAUGGUAAAACAACACUUGUACAUUUUAUAGCCAACAUUGUUGAGCAAAAAUACCCAGAGUUAGUGGGAUUUUUAGAUGAAUUUACACAUUUAGAUAAGGCAGCAAGAGUCUCAGAAGAAACAGUGACAAAGAAUCUGAAGAGUAUGGAGAAACAAUUAAAACAGUUAGAAACAGAUAUAAAGAAUAUCAGUAAAACUAAUGUGGAUGGGGAUCGCUUUGCUGAAGUUAUGAACUCCUUUAUAACAUCAGCAAAAGACCAGGCUGAUGUAUUAAGUGGUAUGCAGAAAAAGAUGGAAUCUUUGUACAAGGAAAUGGGAAAGUUCUACACAUUUGAUUACAAGAAAUACAGUUUUGAAGAGUUCUUCCAGGAUAUAAAAGCAUUCCGAGAUAGCUUUAGUAAUGCAAUGAAGGAGAAUGCUAAAAUGAGAGAGACAGAAGAGAAGAUCAGACGAGCGAAGGAAGCAAAGGAUAGAGCACAGAAAGAUAAAGCAGCCAAGAUGGCUAGAAAGAAGGCUAUUGUGGAUAUGACCAUGGAAGGAGACCAGGAAGGUGUUAUGGAUAAUUUGUUAGAAGCCUUGAAGACUGGUUCUGCCUUCAAUAAUGUCAGAGAAAAACGUGACCGGAAACAAAGGACGCCUAGAGCGGCAGGAGCUGAAAGACGUGCUCAACUCUCUCGAUCUAGAUCUAGACAGAAUCUCUUCAACUUAGAUAAUACAACAUUGACAGAAAUCAGUUUUGAUGAUCCGAAUACAGCUCCAUCUCAAAACAAAAAAGAAGACAAAGUUGAUAUAGAAAGGGACACUAAUUAUAAUCACGAAAAGGCAGGGGAAAGACGAAAUUCAAAAACAAAACAAUCGUCCAUUGAUACAGACGAGAGUGACGCUGAAAAACUGCUGGCUCGGCUUAAAGCUUUGUGAAAAGUAUCUUAUUCCAGUUCAUAUUUGCAUUUGUUGUAAUUAUGACUGUAUAGACAUUUUUAUGUUUUCAUCAUAUAGUCAUAAUCCUUGCUCAUGCCAUAAUGUUAACGUCAAAAGUGAUACAUGUAUCUGUCUUCCAUCAAAAUAUUCUUUAAAAUAAUCAAAAGUAUGGCAAGUCAUUGAAUUUUUUGUAUUUAUAAAAUUUCACUCUACCUGUAGAAGUCUUUGGAUUGCACGUCUUUCAUUUCUUACAACAGUCGUAGGUGUAAUCAAAAAUUGCAUUAAUGACUCUCAGCAAAAUGUUUGUCCUGAAUAUGUGCCAUGCACAUUGUAUGUGGUUCAUAAAAGGAGAUUUAUUUAGUAAGCAUUGGUAUCUCAUGUGAACACUUUUAAGUGGUUAAGAGUAGUUUAUAGGCAGUUUUAGUAGUUGAAAAGUAACUUUUGACCAGUUUAAAUGGUUGUUACUUAUGAAUCAACAACUGAUUUUGUUAACUUAUCCAUAUAUGAAUGAAAACUGCACGACUUGCUUUCUUGUACACUAAAAAUUACAUAAUUAUGUUGACUAAAAUGAUAUCUUUUGUUUACAAUGCUUUUGAUUAGUAUCCUAUUUCAAUUGUAACACCACAUGAAAUAUGUAAAAUUAGGUUAUAUGAAAUACAGACUCACUGUAAAUAUUAAGAAGGGAAUACAUAUCAUUAUGGCAUGAGCAUUGAACUCAUCUAUCAUAAUUGUCUGUCUAUGGUGUACAAAUACUACAACAAAGACUGUGAUAUUUUUUACAACUAGGUCACAUGGUUUUGCCUGUAGUCAUGUGACUCUAGUUCUAUAAUUGAAACUUACAUAUUUGUUAACACUGUAUAACUAUUUUAUGUUUGCUUCAUGUUUUGUACCAUAUUGUAAGGGAUAUUUAUUCAUCUGAAAUGCUGAUGGUUUGUUUAGACACAAUCAAAUCAAUUUAAAGACUCACUUGUUUGUCACCAAAUGAGAACAAAGGUUUGAGGAAUUUUUUUUCUCAACUGCUCAAAGAAAAGUAAAUGAUUUUUUUGUCUGAAAAUAAUCAAUACUCGAUAGUUUGAAUUCAGCUGGUUUUGCAUUUUGAUAAGAUGUAGCAACGAAAUUGACCCGAAGUUUAUGCUAAGUGGAUAAGAAUUCAUAUGGUCCUGCAGAUGCUGAAACAGCAGAAAUGGACAAAUUUGAAAAACUGAUAUUUCUUUUUAAAAAGAAAAGGAAAAAUAGAAAUAGAAUUUGCUGCCACUUUUUCAAGACAUACAGAAUUGAGAAUCUUCAAAUUUAGUUCAUGUGAUCUUGACCACCUUUUACAUUUUGUUAUCAAGGGAAGAUAAUGCAAUUAAUAACAAUUGAUUUGUCUCCCUUUUUGAAAAAUGCAUAGUGACUAAAUUUACAUACACAGAUUAUAAAAAUCAAAUUUAUGUGACACGUAAUUCUGUAAAAUUUUCAUUUCUCAAAAUGUGGUGAUAAACAUUAUAAAAGUAUAUAUUAUUUAAGUAAUUAGCAUUUAGUCAUAGAUGCAUGAUUUUUUUUUAUCAUUUAAAUUUUCUUUGACAUACCUGCCAAAUUUUAGUUUAUAUGUGAUUAAUGAUCCAGCAGUCAGUUUUCCAUGGUUUACAGAAUAUAUGAGCUUCAUAUAUAGAUCAAGCAUUGAUAUCUAGUUUCAAUUUAAAAAAACCUGAAGGUUACAAUAUUUUGAAUUUAAAAAAAAAUUCUAAUGCAUAAUGACAAAAAAAGUGAUAUAGGAUGUAUAGUAACUGGGAAAUUAAUGGAUAGUAAUAAUUGGUAAGCUAGUAUGGAAUUAUCUUCUAAAGGACAUGAGGGUUGAAUGGAUUUGCCAGACUGUCUUUCAUUUUUCUGAGUGGUAUUAAAUACCUGUUAAGAGAGUGUAACCCUUUUGAAAAAACUAAACUUGGCAGGUAUGGUGUGGACUUCCCAAAAUUUACAUUAUUCAUUUUCAUUUAGCUUCAAUUAUCUGAAUAUGUUUCAUUAUUUUGUAUGUAUAUAUUGCAUAUAGAUUUUAUUUUUGUAAAUAAGUACUGUAAAUUUGUAUAUAUUGUAACAAAACAUAUAUUAUAUAUAUAAAUGAACAUUUUACAUAGCUCACUAUUCUACUUGUAUAUUGCUUAUUUGUAGAAGAUGAAUACUGUUUUCCUAUAAUUUGUGGUUUUCUGCUUUUGACCAAAACUUUUAUCUCAGAGUCAUAUAUAAAAUGAUAGUCAAGUCUUUUCACCACUGAGAUUUCAUGAAAUUUUUUGGAAUUUGUUAUUGAUCAAAAUAGAUCCUAGAUUUUAUAAGAAGUAAUUGCAAAGUAUUAAAAAUUGUGUGUCCUGUUUAUGAAUUUGUUUUAAAAUAUGGCUAUUGUCUGCAAAUUUCGCUUUGAUCUGUUCUGUGAUAAUUUUUCAUAUCAUGCUACUCAAGUGAUAUGGGAUUCUCUUAGUUAAGCAGAAAGAUAAUGUUUGAAUUCAUUAGCCUAUGUCAUUGACGUUACAUAGGAAAACAGUCAUAAUCAAAUAAUUAACGGUUUUUAAAACUGGAGGAUAUUUCUCUUAAAAAAUAGUUAAAUUAAAAUUAUUCUAUAAUUUGAUUUUUUUUGGGUUUCCUUGUAAAAUGUAUUUUAUAAGAUUUUUUUAAGUUGAGUUUUGCAUGCUAAAAUCAAAGCUUUUCUAUGUAACAUAACAGUACCCAAAACAAAAAAAAUAAUUCGGUAGAAGAUAUAAAGGUCUUCUUGGUUUAAAACAUGUUUGCUCAUCUCCAAAACUUACUAACAGGUGUUUCAUAAAUUAAUGGCAUAUUAAUAUUUUUAACAUUCCAAGUAAAUGUUCAGGUUUCAUUCGCCUGUUGUUUUGGUUAUAAUUUUCUUAAUUUCAUCAUCAUUUCGUUAUAGAUUUCAAAGACAUAGAGUUCACAAUAAAUUAAAGGUGCUAUACUACACAAGGUAUGGGCAUCAACUAUUGAUUUAAUAUGGAAUUUUUCAGUCUGCAAAUGUCUUAUCUGGUGGCACUGUUGUUAUAUCUCAUUCUUUUGACCUUGACAUAAUUUACUUUUGGUCUUUGACACCUAUUAAAAAAAAUUAUUGAAAAUUAUCAAAGUUUUGGAAUUUUAUGUUUUAUAAAUUGAUCCCUUCCUAUUUUUCUUCAAUAUUUCAAAUCAUUUGAAAUUUUAAGUGAUUUGAAAUUAAAAAAAUCUCAAAGAUUUCGAAAAUGAAAAAAAGUUAUGACAAAGAUUUAUAGAGUUGUGCCUGAAGCAAAACGAAGGUGCUAUUAAAUAUUUAUUAAGAAAUUGCUAUGUAUUCUUAUAAGUCACUGCCCUUUAUGCUUUUAUUUUAUGAAAUAAUUGAAUUGUACUAAAUUUAUUUAAAAAUAUAACUAGUGCUUAUUUUAUUUAGUCAGUAAAAGGGGUUGUUUUUAUUAUGAUUUGAUUGUAAUUAUUGAUUUCUUUAUGAACAGAUGUUAAUUUUACAAAUAUUGAUGCAAGACUUCAAAUAUUUUCUCAAAAUUUAGGAAUCUCCCUCCAAUUACCUGUCUUCUAUAAGGAAGGUAAAUGUCUCUCUUUUGUGAAAAGUACCCCUAUUUCUCUCCUUUUCAACAUCUUUUCAUUACAAUUAGUCAUUGACCUGUCAAAUGUUUCCACUACUGUCAAAACAACACUGCAUUUUACAAAACAUGGAGAACUCAUGCAAGCUGCCUAAAAUGAUGUUAAUUUAAAUUAUUUACAUAAUAGUUGGGAAAAUAAUUUACACUUCAUAGCAUUACAUGUAAGUAAAACAAAGUAUCAUGAAAACUACCAGAAUUUGGUUACAACAAAUUUCCUUGUAGAUGAUUGUCCUCAGAAAAAAACGGUUUGUAAAGUUGACACCUACAACAUACUUAUUUAGCAUAUCAUGACCAUUUAUCAACAUUUGUAGAUAUAAACAAUACUAUGAUCAAAAGGAGGUCAUGGGAUCACUCUUUGAUGUGGUAAAUAUAAACUUUUGGGAUUUUUUAAAACAGAUUAUAAAUAAGCUUAGAGGUCAACUAUUAAUAACAUGUAUUAAUCAAAACAAAAGAUAGUAAAUGUUGUAAAUGUAUACAUUGAUAAGUUUUCAUGGUUUACACACAAGUUACUAUCAGAUUUUUUCUACUAUUAAAAUGGUUCAAGUAGAAAGUUUGACGUGAAAAGAGUAGUACAUGACAUUAGGUAUGUGUAUAUCAUUCAAUUUAGCAUGUUACAUCAAGUAAGAAUAUUGUUUUAUCCUGGCCAGUUUGCAUUUUGAAAGGACAGAAUUUUAUCCUGACACUUUGCAGGUAUGUUUGACCCCAAACUUAAUUGACUAGUAUUGUCAGUUUUCCGGCCACUUGCCAAAGUAUCUCUAUGGCUUUCCUCUUCCAAUAAAAACUUACCAGCUAGACAUGCUAGAUAUAGCCAAAAGUGCUAAGAGUGGUGUUAUCAAAAAUCAAAAACUAACAAAUAGAGGAAAACUUUGCACCUUAUAAUAUAGGAUAAUACAUUUUGAUUUAAUUUUAAGAAAAUGGAGGGUAUCAUGGGUAUAGUAAAAAGAGAAAAUGCUUUUAUUGCAAUUUUCCACCUUGAAGGUUUCUAUAAGGUCAUAAAAAAACUCAUCAUGAAAGGUCUCUUAAUCAAAUAUGUAAAAUGGACAUUAGAUGGGGAGUUGAAGCAAGGAUUUUUGUAAUGCUGACAGAAUCAUAAGUUUUCUACAGGUUGUGACUACCCUUGUCACUACAGCUGCAUUCCAAUGCAUCAUUCCAAAGUUUGUAUAACAACAUCAUCAAUAUUCAAUAGUAAUUAAUAUUUUUGUAUAACUGCUAGUCAUUUUGGGCUGUUACUUUUGAUAUAUUUGUUAUUUUACUUUUCAUCUGUUAUUUAUAUAAUUAUUUUAUUGUUGUGUUCAAAUUUCUUUGAGAAAUGAAAUAACAAUGGCAGAUUUACAGAUACUAAAGUUUGAAAUUUGUAUAGAACUAAGCAAGACUUCUAAUUAGAUGUCUCUUUAUGUAAUUACUGCUUCAUAAUUAUAGAUUUUUUUAUUUUAAUUAGAGUCUAACUGAAAAUCACCUUUUCUUUAAAUAGAAUGCUAGUUAUAAAACAAGCAUACCAUAUGCAAGAUUUUUUCAUUCUAGUGGCAAAAGUUGUUCUGUUUGAAAAAGCAUUUUAGGAUUUAUAUUUUUUCAGUUUGUUUUUACAAUAGCAUAGGUUAAUAUUUAAUAGUAAAUAAUAUUAUGGUUUACAGUGUUAUUUUAAGCUUUUCAAUCUAUUUUUAGAAUACUAUAAAGCCAGUUAUUUGCUUAUGUUAGUAUAUAUUCAUGCAGUCAUGAUUGCCACAAAACAGUUGUUAUAUAAAAGUGAAUUAUCUUA